AUGAUGUGCAGUGGGAUCGGCAAGACCGUCCCCCUUGCCAAACCUUUGGACUCGCUGCCGCAGAUGCUGAGCCUCCGCUUGGUGCCGAACAAUCGUUUAUGCACCUCUGUGAUGGGCCCACUGGCGACGAGCCAGAGGUGGGCCGGGAGCUUGGCUUUGCUGGAGGACAUGUUCGAGGCAAGCAUUUUGCCGGAUGUGCAGUGCUGGAAUGUGGGUGGAGUGAGGGGGUCUCACUCAAACUGGCGACGUGCGCUGUCGUCCGUUCUGCGGAUGGAGCAGCUCGAGGUGGCGCCAGAUGUUGUGACUUUCAGCACAGCAAUGGGCGCGACUUUUGGGUCGGAAUGGGGCUGUGCGCUCAUGCUCCUGCGGCACACUGCAGAUUUCGGCGUACAAAGAGAUUGCAUAAGUUACAAUGUGGCGAUGAGCAGUUGUGCCGAUGCUGGUGAAUCUUGCUGGACUUCUGCCCUGCACAUUCUCUCGGCCCUGGGCGAAUCGUGGACCGGACCGGAUGCCACCAGCAUGCGAACUCUUCUGUAUGCUUUGGAGCGAGCACGAGCCUGGCAGCAAACCGUAGCUCUUCUCGACUGCCUGGACAGCUUUCGAAUUGUACCAGGCACGCUGCACAGUACGUUUGGAGUCGCAGCACUUCGGCAAGCCGACAAAUGGGAAGCGGUUGUGGGCGGCUUGUUGGCCAUGCUGGCCAGGGGGAUAACUCCAAACGCUGCUUGCUACCACCAGGUAGCGGCUGGUUGCCACAAACGUCGGGAGUUCGGCAUCGCACUCCUCAGCUUUUCCGCGUGCAUCCUGCGCCGCAGCUUGGCCCUCGUCACCUCCGCUCUUCCGCUCCAGGCUGAGGCAUGGCACGGCGCCCUGAACAUGCUAGGCUUGGCUCGUGAAGCGGGCAUGAUCCUGGAUGCUCCGGCGAUCAGCUCCUUCGGCCGAGCCGGCGGGCCUUGGCGAAGUGCUCUCAGGAUUUUGUCUUCAGCGCAGCAUGCCGACAUUGAGACAGACCUGAUUGCUUACAACGUGGUGGCGGCAGGCAUUGCCGCUGACAGCGCCUGGCGAGAAGCGGCGAAUUCCAUGUGCCAGGCGAUCGCCAAGUCAGUCCGGCCAGACGACGUCAGCGUCAACAUCCAGCUUAGUUCCGGAGAGUGGAGUUGGGGCCUAGACUUGUUGCAGCGGCAAGUGGCUGCCCGAUUGAGAAGAACAACCAUGCAUUUCAAUACGGCCGUCAGUGCUUGCGAGAAGCAGAGCGACUGGGCACGUUCGCUGCAAGUGUUUUCUCGCAUACGGCAAAGUGGAGGACAGCCUAAUGCUGUAACCUUCGGUGGGAAGAUAUGUGCAGACGCAGAGCAGUCCUGGCCAGCAGCUCUGCAGGGUCUCCAUGCGAUGAGUCAGGACCUUCUCAUUCCGCCCAGUGCCAUUCACUAUGGUGCUGUCUUGAGUGCUGCCGCGCACGACGCAGUCUGGGGAGCAGCAUUGCAGUGCAUAUCAUGGAUGUACAAGGAGCAGCUGCCUCCAUCAGACAUAUGCAUCGAUCUGGUAAUCGUUGCAUGCGAGAAUGCUGGACAGAAGGACCAGGCACUCAUGGCACUGUGGCAAUCAGAGGACAGCAGCAUGCCGACAGCUUCCACGGCCUCUUUCUGCCUGGCCUUGGCGCGACUCUCUGUGCGCGAGCCAGAAAUUCUGCGUGCCGCCUUUGACAGCGUGCCGGCUGAGCUGGAUCAUCCUGAUGCAGACGAUGUAGAGGACUUGGCAACACUUUGGUGGUCGUUUGCCAUGCUGGGAGCCUGGAACCCGAAAAUCAUGCAGGCUAUCCGUGCCAAGUUGAUGGCCAGUGAGGCGUCACUGUCCCUGGAAGACUUGUCCGUCAUCGCCUGGGCCUGUGCAACCUCUGUGCCAGAUCUAGUCACCCUCCUCUGGGUGCAGACGGAAGCUAGGGCUUGCUGGCGGCGUGAGCAGGAUCUCCCAUGGCGGAGAGACUCCGCUCAACACUGUCAACACCUGCUGACCAUCACCUGGGCUUGCAGCUUCGCUGAGUCCCUGACGGCCGCCUUUCGGUGCUUCGUCGAAGAGUCUGUGCCAAGCGUCGGCCGCCUCCUGGAUGCCACCGCCGAAGCCGCCGCCGACGACGGGCACCCUCCGGCUUCUCCCGCUCCUGCUCCUGCUUCGUCGGGCGAUGGGCCCCCGCGGUUGGAGGACCCGAGAGUCGAACUCCGUCUGGACGACAGGCUUGUGCUUUACAAGCCUCCAGGAUGGGAAGUGCAUGAUGGCUUUGUGCCUAAUCAGUUGCGCCACUUCCUUCAGGAGCAGGUCGGUCCGAUGCCACUGGCACAUGAUCAGACCCACAGCUUUGGCUUUCUCCACCGUCUGGAUGUGCCUAGUUCUGGCCUGGUGUUGGCUGCGAAGACAUACGAGGCCUUCCACGAGAUGCAGGUGCAGCUCGCAGCCGGACUAAUUCGACGUAAGUACCUGGCGAUGGCUCACGGUUGGAUGCCGUGCAGCAGGGAGGUUUUGGCUUCCGUGUCGUGGGGAGGUGGCCAUCCGACUCGAUCAGGUGGCAGCGGCAAGGCGAGCAAGACGUGGUUUCACGUCCUCGCCCGGAACGCGUCCGCGACGCAUGCGUUGAGCCUUCUUUCUGUGCAGAUCUUCACAGGUCGGCGGCACCAGAUCCGAAGCCACCUCGCGCACAUCGGUCACCCACUGGCCCGAGAUGAGCUUUAUGCAUCAAUGGCUACGCUGAAUGCAGAUCUGCUGCUCCGCACACGAACUUGCUUGCACCGCUUCAGCUUGUCCUUCAAGGGUUCCACUGGCGAAAUCCAUGAUGUGGUGGCGCAGUGCCCUGCGGACUUGCUCACCUUUUUGUUGGGGAUAUUCGAUGCACGGGACUUUCCGAAUGAGCUGAAGCAUUUUGUCAGCCGGCAGGGGUAA